AUGACACGACAGCACAGCAACGCCUCUGAGGUCCAAGUGAUGUACACCCACAAACUCCCCCUCUCCCUCCCUCCCUCCCGCGGUCUAAUCCCACCGGACACGCGCACCUGUCCACCUGUUGACGCGGUCGAAAAAGAAACUUGUGUAAAAUUUUCCUCCUCUUUCUCCUCCUCCCCCCCCACCUCCUCUCAAACAAGCAAGGAUUUGUGUCCCAAGGACGAGGGAAUUAAUCUGGUCGCUUUCGUUUCAGUUGGUGGGAGGCAGACCCUGGGGAAUGAACCAUCAUCUCCAAAAUUGGAAGAAGCGAUACUCAGACUGGACCGAAGAUUGAAAUCUCCGGUGACCUUCAACAUUCCUGCCGUUUGGAAAGACGCUACAGGAAACUACCUAACGACCACUACCAUCCUUACCAUCAUCGAUAAUACCAAAGACGGCCGGAUGAGUUCAAAGUAUUCGGUGCAUCGAAUGGUUGUGCAGGAGGAAUCUGAAGCUGAUGUUGCAUCCCCGACAAAGCCCUGCGGACCCAGACCGAAAUUCAAGCCAAGGCUCAUCGACGCACCAAACUUGAACGUGUGUGUGUGUGUGCUGGAACCCUCUACGAUCCCAUUAGCCAACCCAGAAGUUGGUGGUGGUUUGAUGCGGACCAAGAGGCGUGUGCGGCAGUACACCAACUUCGGGGCAAGCAGCAUCUCUGCGUCCAACGAGCGAGCUGGCCUGCCGGUGCACGCGCUGACGUGCGUGCUGGUGACAGCGCGCGCGCACGCUGAUUCACGCACGCACACGAAGUGCGCAGACCACACGCAGCGCGUCGGACACGAAUUCAGCCAAUCAGGAGCGGGCUUGGGGCAGGUGACAAACUACCUGUGGUGCCAACGUAUCUGUUUGAAAAAGGGGAGUGGGGGGAGGGAGGAAAAAAUCGAAAACGGGAAUGUUCGAGGAGCAAAAAUCUUGGUGCUCGUGGAACCUUGGUCUGUGCAGAACCGCGAGGAACUGGAUCACAGGAGCACCCCGGAGGACGUCUCCAGUUGUCUUGAUUCGUCGUUCCAACAAACCCCUUUGGAGUCAGCUGUUGGUUUGAGGCCAUGGUUAGCCCCUUCCCCCCAAAACUCCUCGCUUCUUCCGCAUCCCAGAGCCUCAUUGCGAUGUUCAUUGGUCGCCGGCCCAAGCACCAAGGUCAUCCAUCAUCCCUGGGCGUUCGCGUUCUCUUUGAUGCCCGAUAAGCGGAAAGUGAUGACUGUUUUUACGGCAGCUUGCCACAAUCUAUUAAUGACGGCAGAGUCCCUGGUCUACUGGUAUCCUAGUUCGCGGAUAUUUAUCAUAUUACCGCUGGAGUGUGUGCGUGUACGCGCGACCUUUUCCCCGCCUCGUGGCAACAGUGUCGCAGGAUUUGCUGGAGCUGUCGGCGUUUUUGAAACAAACGCGUUGGAGGAACAGGUACAAUUCGCUCCGAUAGGAACCACAGAGGUACUCGUGGUUCCCCACUCCCGGGCCAAUCACGAAGCUGAGACGGAAGACGAAGAAGCAGAGAUUGGUGGGUGUACAAGGAGCAGUGUCAUCAUCAUCACCAUCGUCACCCUACCCCCAACGUAG